AUGGGUGAGUGGGGAUUUCUGUCUUCGCUGCUGAAUAAGGUCCAGUCCCACUCCACGGUCAUCGGGAAGGUCUGGCUCAGCGUGCUUUUCAUCUUCAGGAUCAUGAUCCUUGGAGCUGGAGCAGAGAAGGUUUGGGGUGAUGAACAGUCCAAGAUGGUUUGUAACACCAAACAGCCUGGUUGCAAGAACGUGUGCUAUGACCACGCCUUCCCAAUCUCACAUAUACGAUUCUGGGUCCUGCAGAUCAUCUUCGUCUCGACACCGACACUGAUCUACCUCGGUCAUGUCAUGCAUGUCAUCCACAAAGAGAAAAAGCUGAGAGAAUAUAUACAGAACCACUCUAGCAGUGAAAUAACAAAAGCUCCAAAGUAUACAAACGAGAAAGGAAAGGUGCAGAUUAAAGGUAAUCUGCUGGGAAACUACAUGGUCUCCAUAGUGUUCAGGAUCCUCAUGGAGAUAGCAUUUAUUGUGGGGCAGUAUUAUCUGUACGGGUUCGUAAUGGACCCAUUAAUUGUCUGCUCCCGAGCCCCAUGUCCCUACACUGUUGAGUGCUACAUGUCUCGACCCACUGAGAAGACCAUCUUCAUCAUGUUCAUGAUGGUAGCAUCCUGCCUGUCGCUUGUGCUCAACGUGGUUGAGAUCUUCUACCUGCUGUGUCGUCGCUCAUCCAGACGAAAGGCCAAAACAGUGCCGAUGACCGCCAUUCCCCUUCACCCCCGUUUCACCAGUGACACCAUGUUGAAAAAUCAGAAACUUAGCCUCAAUGAUGUCAGUCACAGCACAGCCUGA